CAGAACCCUUCACAAAAUCGUCAAUCUUCUCACUUUCCUGGCGUCUCGCAAUUCUCCUCUUUUUCCCGGCGAUUUCUCGCCGGCCGUCGUCGUCGUCGGGAGCUAAAUCCCUUUCCUAUCCCGUUCAUAAAACCCCUUUUGAAAAACAACCCUAAUUUCGACACAGUUCUUCCAAAUAGCCAUUCAGUUUUUCCCUGAUACCGUUGACCCAACUUUUCAAUUCACCAAUUUCUUCACCGAUCCACUGAUUUCUUCAAUGCCGAUGGCAUUUCUUCGCUUCUGUUAGGUUUUUUACAACUCUCCCCGUUAAUUACCGAACCUACAAUUCUCUACAUCUUUCUCGGUUUAUUACAAUUUAUACUUAUGGCGAUUCGAUUCACCGUCACUUACUCCGGCUACUUAGCCCAAAACCUAGCUUCCUCGGCUUCUUCAAAAGUUGUGGGUUGCCGGUUCUUUCACGAAUGUAGUACUACUAUCCGAUCUCGAAUUUUUCAUCCACCAUCUCAAAAACCCGAAUCAAAUUACUCCGAUUUUCGCCGAUCCAAACCGAAACCCCGGCCGUUGAGUAGCACGUACUCGGCCCGGUCUUUUUCGUCCGGUUCAGUUUGUUCGUCUCUUGCUGCCGAAUUCCUCAGUGAAAGUUGUUCAAAAUCACCUUUGGUUGUUGGAUUAAUUUCGCUGAUGAAGUCUUCUUGUGGGCCCUCUGCUACUAUGAGUGUUUUGGGGAUUUCGCCUUUGAAAGCGUCUUCAAUACUUCCAUUUUUUCAGGGCUCGAAAUGGCUUCCUUGUAAUGUGCCCAGUACUAUUGGGUCCUCGGCUGCUCGGCCCGAGGUGGAUAAGGGUGGAACUGAAAAAACUGAAUGUGGUAAUAAAAAGUUUGUUUGUUCGGAGCCUUUGGUUUCGAAUGAAUUGAAGGCUGUUUCGAAUUCGAAGAGCUGUUGGUUGUCAAAGGUGUUGAACGUUUGUUCUGAUGAUGCAAAAGCUGCAUUUACAGCAUUGAGUGUGAGCAUAAUGUUUAAGUCAUCUUUGGCUGAGCCAAGAUCAAUUCCAUCUGCUUCCAUGUCACCUACUCUCGAUGUGGGUGACCGUAUAAUGGCUGAAAAGGUUUCAUAUAUUUUCCGGAAGCCUGAAGUUUCAGAUAUAGUGAUAUUUAGAGCCCCACCUAUCCUUCAGCAUAUUGGUUAUAGUGCUGGAGAUGUCUUUAUUAAAAGAAUUGUUGCAACAGCUGGGGACUAUGUUGAAGUGCGUGGGGGUAAACUGUUUGUGAAUGGUGUUGCUCAAGAUGAAGACUUCAUUUUAGAGCCCCUUGCAUAUGAAAUGGAACCAGUGCUUGUCCCUGAUGGCUAUGUGUUCGUGAUGGGGGACAAUCGCAAUAACAGCUUUGAUUCUCAUAACUGGGGUCCACUUCCCGUUGAGAACAUUGUUGGUAGGUCAGUAUUCAGAUAUUGGCCCCCAUCCAAAGUGUCGGACACUCUGCAUGGCUCAGUAUUGGAGAAGAGAGUAGUUGCAGUUUCUUAACCCUUGGCCCCUUUGUUCUAAGUGGGGAGGAGUUCAACUGACUUCUUUCAUCUCUUUAUUCUUUUACUGGUCAUUUUCUGCCUUUUGGCUCAUUGGACCAGCUGUACAAUCUUUUACUAUUCCAUCUAGUGUCGUUCGAUACAUAACAUGAACCACUUUGAGGAUGGAUUGUCUUAAUCCGCCGUGUUAGCUAUUUUUUUCUCAAGGGCCCUAUCUUGGGCGGUUUCUGCAAUUUUAUAAAGUCUCACAGAUAAAGCUGUUCACUGGAAUUUAGCAACUCAGGUGUGAUGAUCCGAAGGACGGUUGAUUGGUGAUGUUCUUGGAACUGGAACAUUUUUCUUCUCUUUAACUUUGAAGUGGAGAACCGGACUGGGGUGACUCACUCGGUGCCUACGUAGAUCCAGCAAAGUUCCAGCAGCAAAUCGUGACAAUUUUUUGAGGCUGGAUGUGUUUAAUAUUUGCUUGUAUUCGUGCUGAAUGUAGUGAAUUUUUGAAGUAUGAUUUCCAUGUAACAAUUUUCUCUGCUGUGUUCGAGGGCGGCUCCACCCCUAGGCCAAUAAAGCUCUUGCUUUUGGUCCCAAAAUUCAAAUCCCCUAAAAUUAUUUGUAUUAGCUAUAAAAAUUGUAAUUCAAAUAUUACAAUUCUUAUAAGUAAUUUGUUUUAACCGUUUGUUGUUA